UAUCAGCAAUGUCUGGACCGAAUGGGGACCCAAACAUCUCAAAUGACGAAGGCAUUAUCAACGACGAAGAUGAUUUCGGCGAUGAAGAAGAGUAUGAAGCCAUCAACGGCAUGCUAGAUCAGAUCAACUCCUAUCUCGAUGGCCUGGAGGAACGCAACGAUUCACUUAACGGAAAACUACAUGAACUGAUGGAGUCGAACCGGGCUGCUCGACUGGAGUUCAGGGCGCAGCUGCAGGGCUCCCCGACCCAGGAAGGGCAAUGUCCUGCAGACCGGGAUUCGUCCUCUCCUGGCAAAGAGGAACUGAAUGAGGAAGAUGGGGAUAAGAAAUGAGUGACGUGAGGAGGUAGAUGAGCCAGAAGGAGCUCAGCAAAAAUGCAGGGCUGGAUAUAUUUAUUGAAGUUUACUUAACUCCUGACUGGUUCAAAUAGGAAUUUAAAAUCCCAUCAGCAGAUUUGUGUACAACGGUGAUCAUUUGAUUCCUUUUUAAGACUCAACACUGAACUCUUCUCCUUUGUUGGUGUGCUCAUGUUUGGUUCUUGAGUUGACUGGACAUGACUUCCAGCAGCUUCAUAUACAACUGUACCCACCUGUUGCUGUUCUCGUCAUCAAAUCUGGGAACAUUGUUGGAAAGGUCCAAGUUCAACAUCAUGAGAGCAAAUUCUCAAAUCCGGAUCGCACUAGAUAAAAGGUUUAAAAAGCUGAUACGUCUCCACGUUGGUGAUUUAAGUAGCUCAAACUACAAAACCAUGCUUGAAUUGACCCAGAAUCCUGUCAUAAAUGUCACAAUCCAACCAGCUGGUAGAACAUGCUACUCAACAAUUCAGGGAUCGUCAGUAGUUGUCUUUAAGUAGGGGACAUAGUCAUACUUCUGUGGUGUGUUGAUCCAUUUGGUGUCGUCUUUCAGCGUUUUAAGAGCUGUGCAGUGUGUGUGUGUGUGUGUGUGUUAUUGUUUGUAUUAUACCAUUAAGUAAAUAUGCAACAUUCCAGAUGUCUAAUACUGUAUUAAAAUGUUUGAUCUGCAGAACAAAUGUA